CCUUUAUAUUCUUGGUCUAUAGUAUGGCUCCUUCGACUAAUUCUCCGCAGUGCCGGGAGAGAGAGAUAGAGGAAGGGGGCGUGUUACGCGCACACGAGAGAGGGAGAGAGGGAGAGAGAGAGAGUAGCAAGGAACUGCAAAAUCCACCAAGCGUCCCUCAAGCGAGGGUCUCGGCAUUUCUCAGCGAGCGCACCAUUCAGAGGCUUUCCUCUAAAGAUGAGCUCGUGCAGCAGCCGGGCGCUCACGCUGCUCUCCUCCGUGUUCGGGGCCUGCGGCCUGCUGCUGGUGGGCGUGGCCGUUUCCACUGACUACUGGCUGCUGAUGGAGGAGGGCAUCGUGCUGCAGCAGAACCAGAGCCUGGAGGUGAAGAUGGCGCUGCACGCAGGCCUGUGGAGGGUCUGCUUCGUGGCAGGAAGUGAGAAGGGGAGGUGUGUCGCUUCCGAGUAUUUCACGGAGCCAGAAAUCGAGAUUACCACGGAAAAUACAGCUAAUAUACUGAAGAUGGUGCGGACAGCUACGCCCUUCCCCAUGGUCUCCCUGCUCUUCGUCUUCACUGCCUUUGUCAUCAGCAACAUUGGACAUAUCCGCCCCCAGCGCACCAUCCUGGCCUUCGUCUCGGGAAUCUUCUUCAUCUUGUCAGGGCUCAGUCUGGUGGUGGGGCUGGUGCUCUACAUCUCCUGCAUUAACGACGAGGUGAUGAACCGGCCCCGGGAGCCUGAGCAAUUCUUCCACUACCACUAUGGCUGGUCCUUCGCCUUCGCCGCCAGCUCCUUCCUGCUGAAAGAGGGGGCAGGCGUGAUGUCGGUCUACCUCUUCAUGAAGCGCUACGCGGAGGAGGAGAUGUGCCGGCCGCACCCAGCGCUCUAUCGCCCCCGCCUGUCCGAGUGCAGCGACUACAGCGGGCAGUUCCUGCAUCCUGAGUCGUGGCCUCCCACGCAGAGGGGGCGCAGCGCUUCCGAGGUCUCCAGCGACAUCUCCAUUCAGCUCAAUCAGACGACCCCCCCUGCACCCCCACCCAAGAACAAAGCCCAGCAGAGCACAGCCGCCUCCGUGGGUCCUCCUACUGUCGGCUACCCGCUGCCGCCCGCCUACUCGUCCCAUUCUCACACCCUACACUCCACCCACACCAGCUCCAUCCCCGUCAGCUCCACCCAGACCCUGCCCCUGGCCAUGCCACCCUCCUCAGGGCCUCCGCCCCGGUACCCCACACACCUGCGGAUGGGGGCUUCUCCCUGUUAGGGCAGGGCACAGACUGGGGUGUGACACGGGGGGACAGUGCAAUACAUA